CCCCAGACUCGAGCCGCUCGGGUCCGUGUUGGCAAAGGGGACAAACCCGUCACGUACGAGCAGGCCCACCCCCCCCAUUACAUCGCACACCGCAAGGGCUGGCUGUCCCUGCACACCGGUAACCUGUCAGGUGAGCCGGGUGCCGCACAGCGCACCGUGGAGGACGCGUUCCUGCGCCGCUUCUUUCACGGCACGUUCCCGGGUUGUUUGUGGGAGCAGCUGGUGGUGAAGCGUCGCUGCAACGUGCUGCUGCUCUGCCCGGUGCUGCUGCGCCAGCUGCCCCCCGCCAAGCUCUGCUUCCUGCUGGGCUACGCAGAGACCCUCCUGUCCCACCUGUACAAGUGCCCCGUCAGCAUCCAGGUGCAGACCGUGCCCGACAGGGUGAUCUACAAGUACAUCUGAGGGGAGAUAAAGGGAGCGGAGCCAGGAGCUGUGGGGCUGUGUGGGUCGGGGGGUGAUGGCACAACGGGAGACCCCAUGUUGUGGGUGAUGGACCCCGUCCUGUGUGUGUGUUGUGUUGUGUUGUCUGGGCGGGGGUCUGACCCCACUGUGGCCUUUGGGGUCUUGACCCCAUGGGGACCCACCCCCAUUGUGCCCAUGGAUCUUCAUCCCAUGGGGACCCGUCCCCAUUGAGCCACUUGGGGUCAUCAUCCCAUGGGGACCCAUCCCUGCUGUGCCCAUGUGCCCUAUGGGGUCUUGAUCCCACGGGGACCUGUCCCCAUUGAGCCACAUGGGGUCUUCAUCCCAUGGGAACCCACCCCCACACUGCCCAUAUACCCUUUGGGGUCCUGAUCCCACGGGGACCUGUCCCCAUUGAGCCAUAUGGGGUCUUCAUCAUAUGGGGACCCAUCCCUGCCUUUCCCAUAUGCCCUAUGGGGUCUUGAUCUUAUGGGGUCUUGAUCCCAUGGGGACCCACCCCCAUUGUGCCCAUGGAUCUUCAUGCCAUAGGGACCUGUCCCCAUUGAGCCACAUGGGGUCUUGAUCCCAUAGGGACCCAUCUCCACUAUGCCCAUACGCCCCCUGGGGUCUUGAUCUUAUGGGGUCUUGAUGUCACAGGGACCCAUCCCCACUGUACCCAUAUACUCUAUGGGGUCUUGAUCCCAUGGAGUCCCAUCCCCACCAUGGAUGUCUGUCCUUUGGGGUUUUGAUCCCAUACAGCCCCAUUCAAUCACUGUCACACAGCGCACGCUCCCUCCCAUUAAAACCCCCAUAAAACCCAUUAAAAACCCAUUAAAGACUCAGAAAUGCAAA